CCUGUCGAGACAGCAAUUGAACCGGAUGACUUGCGGGCCAUGAGCCCGCGGAUGACAAGCGAGGAUGUUGAAGCGUUGGAGCGUGAAAUGCAUACUGAACUGCGCCGGCAUGCGAAGGCGUUGCAGGACUCACUACUCCUCAUCUUUAACCGCGUCGAGGCAGUUAAGAAGGGACAUGAGAAGCUAGACAGCAACAACAAGUUGCUGCAGAAGUAU